AUGGACAACAUCGACGAGGAAUAUGACCGGCUUGUUGAACACCUUCACUACUGCGCGAAGAAGGCUGAGAGUUUUAAAACCACCAAGAGACGCCUGUCUCUUGAAACUCUUGAGCUGAUACGCCAGCGUGGAGCAGCACGAGCCGCAGGGAACCAAGAACUCACGUCCGAGCUCGCAAGGCUUUGCAGAGAGGCGAUAAAGGAAGACCUUAAAGAGAGAAGAGCAGAAGUGCUGGCUGAAGCUGCAGAGGCGGGGAAAAGCAUCCGCUAUGCCCGUCGAGACUUCGCCAGUCGCAAGACGAGGAUGACUGCUCUCCGGAACCCAAAGGGAACAGCCAUUGUAUCGAGAAGGGGGAAGGAGAAAAUCAUCUACGACUUCUACUCUGAUCUCUUCGACAGCCAUGUCCACUUGCCUCCUCACCAUCUGAGGGAAGACGGACAAGUCAUUCCAGAGGUUCUCCCGUCCGAAAUACGACAUGCUAUCGUGUCGAUAAGAAAUCGUACGGCACCCAGUCCCAAUAGAAUAAGACCAGAACACCUGGAGAACCUUCCGCCGGUACUCAUCAAUACCCUGGCGAGGCUCUUUACACGUUAUCUGUCGGAAUGCAAGGUUCCUAAACAGUGGAAGACCAGCAAAACCGUGUUGUUGUAUAAAAAGGAAGACCCACAUGACAUCGGCAACUAUCGUCCAAUCUGCUUACUGUCCGUCAUCUACAAGCUCUUUACAAGAGUGAUCCUUAAUAGGAUUAAAAAAGUCUUGGAUGAAGGACAGCCAUGCGAGCAAGCAGGGUUUCGAGAAGGAUUCAGCACGAUUGACCACAUUUACGCUGUUUCGAAACUCAUCGAGAAGGCCUUCGACUCAGUUGAGACGGAAGCGGUCGUGGAAGCCUUAGACAACCAAGGCGUCCCUACUCAGUACAUAAAGGUACUUCGAGACUUGUACAGCAACUUCACGACCGGAAUUUCGCCAUUCUACAAGAACAUCAUCAUCGACGUGAAGAGGGGGGUCCGACAGGGUGAUACAAUUUCACCCAAAAUAUUCACAGCCACCCUCGAGAACGCAAUGCGAAAGUUGGAAUGGGACGACAUGGGAGUGAAGGUUGAUGGUCGGCAGCUACACCAUUUGCGCUUUGCUGAUGACAUCGCACUGCUAACAUCGAGCAUCAGCCAAGCGGAACGAAUGCUGACCGAAUUCGACGAGAAAUGUGGAUGCAUCGGUCUUCAGCUGAAUCUGCAAAAGACUAUGUUCAUGCGCAACGGAUGGGUCUCGGAUGCCUCAUUCACGCUCAACGGAACGAACAUAUGCACCAGCUACGUUUAUCUGGGUCGGGAAUUGAACAUGAUGAACGACCUGACCCCCGAGCUGGGCAGGAGGAGACGAGCGGCUUGGGGAGCGUACAAGAGCAUCGAGGAUGUAGUGAAGAAGACCAGGAACACCCGGCUCCGUGCUCACCUCUUCAACAUCACCGUACUUCCUGCUUUGACCUAUGCUUCGGAAACCUGA